CCCAACCCAAGUUUACAGCAGUCAGCUUCUCCACCGAGCGCCGGAUUUGGGAAAGCAGUUCCGAUGAGCAGCAAGCAGAGACGGCCGCCGGACCCAGUGGCGGUUCCGAGGUGCCACCGCGGCUCCGUCAUGGACCUCUCUUUUCAUCCUUCCCAACCACUCCUGUUCACCGGUUCAUCAGAUGGCGAGCUGAGGAUCUGGGAUACUUACCAGCAUCGGACUGUAUCAUCAGCUGGGGUGCAUAAUGCAGCACAUGGUAUUGCUUCUGUUGCUUGUACUGCCAACAGAGUUAUCAGCCAGGGCAGGGAUGGGACGGUUAAAUGUUGGGGAUAUUGAAGGUGGAGGUCUGCUCAGGUUCUUAGCUAAUUCCCAUAAUUGUAGCCUAUAGUUAUUCGGUUUCCAUUGUACACUGCUUCAUUUGUUAUUUUUGAUCAUGGCAUGCGCCUCAUUAUUUUUGAACCUUGAUAUCGCCUUGGUAGGACUCCGUCUGUUACAAUCAAGACAAACUCUUACC